AUGAGGUUGACGUUCAGUAAUCUUUACAAACAUACCCAAUACUUAUGUAAAUUGUCACCCAACAACUAUUACCUCGCUAAUGUGAUUGAUGAGAGACUUGUCAUUCGGAGACUUCAACCACCUGAGCUUGAAGUGCUACAAGUGUUUGAGAUGCGUUACCCGAUCGAUUACAUCGCGUGGUCACCAAACUCUGAAUACAUUGCAGCUGUCAGUUUGGAAAAAUCGUGCAUUGACGUACGAUCUGUACAUGAUGCCGCCUAUAAAGGAACAUUAAAGGAUGAAGGAUUCUCUCUACAUAGAAUAAGAUGGAGUUGCGAUUCAAAUAGUAUUGUCUGUAUUUCCAAACUGAAGCUACGUAUAGCUAUUUGGAAUUUGUUGACCCAAGAUGCGAAAUAUAUGGAUCAUAUCAAAGUGGAUAAUAAAGGUAUUGAAAAUAGUCCAGAUUCCAGAUGGACAGCUGUGGUACAGAAGAUAGACGGAAAGGACUGUAUCAGUUUAUACAAUGCGGAUUUUAAUUAUCUUUUUCAGUCGUUCGAGGUGGAUACUGUCGAUUUAGAGGAUCUCAAAUGGUCACCGAGUAGUAUGUAUAUUGCUGCCUGGGACAAUUGCUUAUAUUAUAAACUAUUGAUAUACAGAGUUGAUGGCGCUAUAUGCAGGAUCUAUGAAGGUGAUGGUCCGUCUUCUUUGGGAAUAAAGUGUGUAAAUUGGAGUCCAAACAAUAGAUUUUUGGCGGUAGGGAAUUAUGACGGAACGGUCCACCUUUUAUCAACAGAUACAUGGGAUUUAAUUACCAAAUUAAAACACCCUUCGUCGAUUUCAGCCAAACUCAAUAUUGUAAACAAAUUAACCUUAUGUUCAUACUCUAACUUUCUAGAUAAGUACGUGCAAAAGCGACCCUACCAUUUGAGCAUUCGAAGGCCUGAUUAUAAUGAACCCAACCCAAAAAUUGGCAUAGGAGGAUGCUACUUCAGUCCAGAUUCGUAUUACCUGUGCACUAAAAAUGAUUCUAUGCCAAAUGCGAUAUGGAUUUGGGAAGUGAAUACCCUAACGUGUUUACAUCUUUUGAUUUUCAAAUCAAAUGUCAGGCAAAUGAUUUGGAAUCCUAAUGAAGAGCAUAUCCUGGUUGUAAUAUGUGGUGACGAGAAUAUACAUUUUGUAAGCUUGGAGAAAAGAAGUCGGGAGAUUGAACUAAAUUUGAUCAAAGCACCUACAAAAGAUUUCUUGGUAAAGAAGGCUUGCUGGAGUAAGAAUGGUGAAAGCCUACUGCUAAUGGAUCAACAACUAUUCUGCAUGGCAUCGGGUCAAUAA